GCCCCUUGGCCUCCCGAGACGGCUUCUAUAAAGCUGCCUUAGUUGCUAAUCUCAACCUUCUCACACUUCAGGAAGCUCGCCAACCUCGGAUCCGCUAGAAGAUGAGCGGCUAUCCACCGCCGCCGGGGUCCUGGACCACCGGCCUCUGUGGCUGCUGCAGCGACUGCAAGAGCUGCUGCUUGGCGUUCUUCUGCCCGUGUGUCGCAUUCGGCCAGGUGGCAGAGACCUUGGACAAGGGAUCCACAUCCUGUGGUAUGGCUGGUGCGAUCUACUGCGCGCUGCUGCACGCGGGGGUGUGCCUGCUCCACUGCCUCUACUCCUGCUCCUACCGCCGCAAGCUCCGGGCGGCGUACGGCCUGCCGGCGAAGCCGUGCGCCGACGGCUGCGUCCAUUGCUUCUGCGAGCCAUGUGCGCUCUCCCAGAUGUACCGGGAGCUCAAGAACCGGGGCGCCGACCCGGCAGAUGGAUGGGAAGUGAACUCACAGAAGAUGGUCACGGCUCCUGUACCAAUGCAAGACAUGACACGUUGACGAGUGUGUCCUAAAGCUAGAAAAGCUCUUGAUCAGCAGUCAUGUUGUGCCUCGCAGUACAUUUGUGAGCAAGGUGUUUGCAUGCAUAGCUGUUAGCUGAAGUAAAUAAAUAGAGAUGCAUGUGUGUGGAUCAUGUGUGAAUUAUUGCUAUUUAAUAUAUAUAACUGUAAAUUAACGUGUGAGAAAUAAAAGUCAUCAAGCAGUUUUAAUGAUAUUAA